GAGAGUUAAAAAGUUGCUGAAAUACGGACAUUAUUAAAGAAUGUGAAAUCUCACCAAAAGUGUUCAAUGUCCAGUUUGGACCUUAUCUUUUUCCAAUUUCUAAAAUUGUAAUCCUAAAAAACAUCGAGCCUUAUCCUUCUUCGCAUUCACAUCUACUCCAUUUCCAAUGAUUCCCAUGUUAAGGCAAUUGGGUAAAUGGACUUCAAAUUCCAUACCACUAUUCCCUCGUCCUUACACAUUUUUAUACACCCAAACAGCCCAUUCCUACUCCUCUCCCUCUUCCCAGAAUCUUCUAAAACUCCGAAUUAAACGAGCUAACACAACUCCAUAUCGUGCAAGAAGAAGAGUAAUAUACGAUGAUGAUGACGAUGAAGAUUAUGGGUAUAAUGAAGAGUUAGCAAUGCUCGAGUCUUACACACAAUUGGUGAAAGAUGAGGUUCUUUUGGUACAAGCAAUGGUGGAUGAGGAGCAAGUUGAAGUUCUUAUCUACAAGGGAUUUUCGUCGUGCCUGAAUUAUGGGACGUCUUCAAAUCCAUCAAGAAGUGUUCUACCAGCAAAGGCAAUGGUGAAAAGCAUAGACAGAGCAAGAGGGCCUCUAAAUCCAUCCAACAUUCAGUAUAUUGAACGAGGCCUCACUUUUCAUCAAUUUAAAACUCGCCUCCCCCACCAAACUUGACUCCUCCCUCUCCUUUCACAUAUUUAUAUUUUGUCAUAAUCAAUUUUUUAUUAUUAUUAUUACUAGACAUUUUUAUUACAAUAUCAUUUGCAAUUGCAACAUA